AUGAUCAUUCGAAAAGUUUUCCUCUUUUAAAACCAUCAAUUAGCCAAACUUAAAGUGGAGAAGAUGAAGUAUUUGUAUUGUGCGUUGGUGCUUUGUGCUGUGUUCGCUACAGGUUGGUCAAUUAAGUGUUGGGAUUGUCGCUCGGACGCUGAUCCAAAAUGCUCGGAUCCCUUCGACAAUACAACAUUCGCAAUCACUGAUUGCAAGCAACAGAAAUUGGCGCAUCUUGGUAAUCUGCAGUCGACGAUGUGCAGGAAGAUCAGGCAAAAAAUUCAUGGUGUGUGGAGGUACAUCAGAAGCUGCGCUUAUCUCGGUGAACCUGGUAUCCAAGGUGAUGAGAGGUUUUGUUUGAUGAGGACUGGCACGUAUAACAUAUUCAUGGAAUACUGCACGUGCAACAGCAAGGAUGGAUGCAACACGGGAAGUCUGAAAGGUCUCUCCCCUUCGUUGCUCAUAUCCAUAGUAUGUUUCUUCCUAUUGAAGAUCGUUUGAUUCCAUAACGAUUAGACAUAAGUUUUUUUUUUUAUUAUCCAGUGAUGUUCAAAUCCGUCCAGUUUUGUAUUUGAAUCUUUAUUCAACAUGUAAAUAUAUAUACAAUACGUUUUUUUUAUAUAU